AUGCGCAGUCCUUUAUUCGACAUAAAACAAUCCUUGGUGGGCAUCUUGCGCUGUUCUGGUGUGCAGGGUAUUAUCGAUAUAUUCACGGUAGGUUAACAUACUGUUUGAUAUAUGAAUAUUUCGUCCUAACUGUUAAAUCUUUUAUGAAAUAAAACCUGAUAUUUACCGAUGGAAACAGGACUAUUUUAUCAACAAAGCCGAUGAGAAUUUUGUUAUUCUGCUCACUGGGGGUCGUAUUGAACAAUUUAACGUUUCUGUGUUUGUUGAAAUGACUGAAAACCACGAACUUUAACCUUUAUUUCUGAUUUUAAAGGUUAUUGAACAUAUCAUCACUAUGGCAUCCAGUGGGUAUCUGCAGGCAGCUGUGCUCCUGCUUGCGGUCCAGCUCCUCUGUCUCGGUGCAGCUGAUGCGGAUCAAGAGACUGGGACUGUCAUCCCUGCCGAAAGUAGGUGGAUUUAAAGAUGACAUUUAGCUUUGGCAGCCUGUUUGGUGAAGGGAUUUGUUAAUAUCUGUAAAAUGGAUAUUUGUCUGCCACUAUCAGGCUUCUGCAGGUCACAUAAUAGCAGGUCCCCAUAGGGGUUUCUCAGUGGGAAUAGUAGGUCAUGCUAAUUAGUGUAUACACCACAGCAUGAAAAAUGCGCCCGCACAGCUAUUUAAAGCCUCAUUUAAUCAUUUCUACAAGGUGCAAAAAAUGUAGAGGUAGAGGUUUCUUUUACAGACAACAUUGGCUGUAAUUUUAAAUUUGACCCAUGGGAAUAAGCCUCAUGUUUAUUCCCUUUUAUCAAGGUUAGAGAUGUUUAGUUUGCCAGUGGUGGAGCCAGAUGUUGUUGAGUGGGGUGGCCAAGGUGGGGCACAGACUUUUGCACGGGCUUACCCUAAACUAUAGAGGAUUUUCUUCCAUUGAUGGCAUUUAACUUUUAAUACUAACACAUGACGUAUUCUUGUGUAUGAUUUUUAACUUUGAAGGUAAAUCAACAGUGUCAACAGGUAAAUAUGUUGACUCAAAAAGGAGAUGUCUGACCAAAGUCAACAUUCAAUAUGCCAAUCAAAGAACUCGAUCAACAUAACAAAGCAAUAACAAAGGCUACGUUCACACUAAAGGUUAUGAUGCACAAUUUGGAUUUUUUCUUAAAUCCGUUCUUUUUGUGCGGUUGUUCACAUUACAACAACGAAUGCGGGAUGUAAUGUGAACGGAAUGCAUCCGUGAAGUGACCCACAUGCGCACAAAGCACAAAUUGCUUUCCGCGCCUGUUUGUGUUGUCGAACAAUGAUGACGUUUAGGUCGGAUGAACGCGAUCUGAGCGUCCACACUGCAGUCACAUCGGAUACAUAUCCGAUUUAUACCCACAUACAAAAGAGGCCUGGGUCGGAUUUUAAAAAAAAUCUGAAUUGCACUGUUCACACCUACAUGAAAAAAUCGGAUAUGUGUCACAUAUGGUUAAAAAAUCGGAAUUGACCUGCAGUGUGAACAUAGCCUAAGUCACUGGGGUGACCAGUCCCAUUUUAGGGGUGGUUAAGUCCCCCCUUGCCAUCCCCUGACUCCACCCUUGUCAAAGUAUGUCCAGUACCUGAAUUUGCAAGCUAAUACCGCGCCAUGUUUUCUGCUUCUUUCUUCUCAUUUCCAGGUCGUCCAUGUGUGGACUGUCAUGCGUUCGAGUUCAUGCAGAGGGCACUGCAAGACUUAAAGAAGACUGCUUUUAACCUGGACGCCAGGGUUGGUGAAGGACUCUGAAAUCUUGUUUUCUAGUUAGAGGCUUUUGUUUGAGGAAUUUUCUCCUCCUGUGCUGUCAGAGUGUUAAGCGCUCGUGAAUCAGCAGAUGAUGAGUCGCUCUUAGAACAAUUUGAUAAUGAUGAUGAGUUUGUGUCUGAACAGAAAGUACUGGAGUGGAUGAUGAUGAUGAUGAUGAUGAUGAUGGCUGGACUGAUUCACUGGGCAGAUUCAUUUUACAUGCGAUGUGUAGAAUGAACAGACACUUUAAAUAAUGUCUUAUUUAUCUUCGUCUCAUUGUUACUGCAUUUAGGUGUUUAUGUUUUUGGUUGAUGUCUAAAAUAAGUGCGACCAAUAAUUUCAGAGGUUGAAAAAAAUUUGUUGUGGUGAUAUCUUAGUCUUGUUUAAAUAUAUCUAAUGAAAUAUUCACUCAAGUUUGACAAUACUUUUCCCCUUUUUUAAAAAUUCUGCUUUAUUGUUGUAUCUUGAACAGGAACAAUGUGAUACAAGCUCAUAUAUUGGUCACUGAUUGACCCAGUAUCGGUAUCAGUAUCGGCUAAUUAAAGAAUGAUAUCAGUCAACCACUAGUUAUAUGGUUUUGAAAUUUAAAGUAUUGUAUUGUGAGGGUGUUUAGUGAUCUUUAAUGAAUAAGAAUGAUAAAAAGCCGAAAGCAAAAUCCCACAAGUCUGACUAAUGUUUAUGUUUUGUGUGUUUUUUUCCAUCUCAGACAGAAACGCUGGUGCUGAGGGCAGAAAGGAGGGCUCUGUGCGACUGCAUGCCCACCAACUCACUGCGCUGAACCCUGCUCUCCACCCUGCGGUCACACACACACUGAAAACAACCCUGCUCUAAACCUCUACUCAUCUAACCUAUUCACAUGAUGGGCACUUUAUUUAUUUGAACCACGUCGGUGUCGAGUCAAACUUUGAUUUCUUACUCAUGCGUCAUGGGGCCUGUCGUUGUUUUGCCUUAUUUAGGACGACUUUUAUACCACUGAUGUUUUCACUCAUGUUUGAAGUCAGUCUGAUUGGACUCAUCACUCAUGUGUCUCUUAUGGAGCUUGAACUAUUUUUUGUACUUUUUAGUAUUUGACUGUAUAAUGUAGAUACAGUAGGAUGCAUCUGUGAAUUUACAUGUUGAGUGUCUUGUGUGAAAUUAAUGUUUACAACGAUUUUACACAUCAAACUGUAGCAUCAUGUGACGUUUAUUUAACAGCUCAAGUACUCCAAUAACACUUAGAAUUUGCUCAGCUACUUUUGGACUGAAAAAUGGGUAACUUAAGAAGAAAGCUAUUUUACUUUUAACGUACAAAGAAACAGUCUGCAGAGGAAAAGUUCAAGAAAUGAUAUCAGCAUUUUUUUUUUCUGUUUUGGCCACAAAAGUUCUUUUGAGUCCUGAUUUAGCACAGCACUGUAGCAUGAAUUUACAGCACUUUUUGUUAACCUACUGUUAAUAUAGAUUGUAUGUAUAGAUUAUGUAUAUGUACACGGGUACAUGUAAUGACAGACUUUGUUCUUUGUCUGACAAAUGUGUAUGCAAGUGACGAAGUAUCAGAUGAACUGCAAUAUAAGCAGGUGAAGGGAGGGAGGCUGGCGACAGAAGAGGACGUUUAGAUAGAACUUUAAUUUGUCUUAUUGUUGCUUGUUCAUAAACUCUGUACUUUAGAAACAUUAUGUCACAAAAUGCCCCAUUUACUGUCUAAAUGUUGUACCUAUCAAUAAAAACAAUGAACGAUAUUUGCUG